AUGUUCUUGAUCGAGCUUGAUGGUUACACGAUAGAGCGCUUUGUCCACGGCCUUGACGCUCACUACAACGACAUCCCCAAGUGGCAGUAUGCUAAACUCUCUGAAGUUUUGAGCCCAACGGGCCAGGAAACCCAAGUCAAAACAUGGAAUAUUUCUUCGCGCAAAGAAAUCGACGCGUUCUUAAAGACUGAGGCGUUUGCUCUUGGAAAGGGACUACAGUUUUUCGAUAUCCACAUGCCAAAGUUGGAUGCCCUACAAGCUCUGAUCGAUUGCGGAAAAGGCGCUGGGGCGCGUGUUGGCUAA